AUCAAAGAGAAGAAGAAUCCGCAUGCGUAAAACCAGACAGUUCUGGUGUUGCCCAAAAGAAGAGAGAGAUUGUGAAAUUUGAGCAGAUUCAAAACUAAUUUGACUUUUUCUAAAACCAAACCAUAUAUUUUUAGGGUAGCCCUUUAUGGGCGUCUCUAGUAUCAAACUGGCCGACACUUGGAUACCGUGAUACAGGACAUAAUGGACGAGGCUCGAACCUGUGUCAUGCGCUGCUAUGCGCCCUGAUGAAAUGUGGCCUUGUUUCAUUAUCGGCGCUGGGCGGGAGUUGGGAAGUGGGACAGGGUGACACCAGUGAAAGUUGCACCCGAGUCCGAAGGUUGAGUCACUUAACAACAACGACGGAGCGAUCAGCCGAUGACCACCAAUGUGAGGAGCCAUGAAGGAGAAGAACGGUCCUACAAUGGGGACUCAGAGGAACGGCAUCACGAAGGAAAGUUUGAUAUUGUCAGUAGACGUGGGCACGACAUCGAUCAGAUGUCACGUGUAUGACAAGACGGCGCAUGUUCGUGGGUCUGCCACUGCAGAGCUGGUUCCGCUCUACCCGACGACAGGGCAUGUGGAACUUGACCCAGAUGCACUGUGGAAAGGAUUCACCUCUGUUGUGAAGGGGGCUGUGCAAGAUGCAGGAGUCCAAAUGGGUCAGAUGAAGGCCCUUGGCAUCUCUACCCAACGAGCCACCUUUACAACAUGGGACAGGAGAACUGGGGUUCCUUUCCAUAAUUUUAUCACCUGGCAGGACCAGAGAGCAGCAGACCUCGUGAAGUCCUGGAACAGAUCUUGCACUAUGAAAGCCAUCCACGGUGUGAUGAAGGUGCUUUACUUCCUGACCAGGCAGAAGCGCUUACUUGCAGCGAGUCUGGUCGUCUUUUCCACUCAACAUGUCACUUUCCGCCUUGUCUGGGCACUGAAGCACUACAAACAGGUAUCUCAAGCGGUGGAUGAAGGAAAUUGCUGCUUUGGAACGAUUGACACGUGGCUCUUGUUUAAACUGACUAAAGGUCGGACUCAUGCCACAGACUACUCCAAUGCAAGCUCAACGGGGAUUUUUGACGCUUAUCAGAUGUGUUGGAGUCAGAGUCUAUGCUCUUUGGUCUCCCUGCCUCUCUCUAUUUUCCCUAAAGUAGAAAAUACAGACCAUGAAUUUGGUUCUACGGACCCAUCCAUAUUUGGAGUAUCCAUUCCCAUUAUGUCUGUGAUGGCGGACCAACAGGCCGCCAUGUUUGGAGAGUGCUGUUACAAUGUAGGUGAUGUAAAAAUCACCAUGGGAACAGGAACCUUCAUGGACAUUAACACUGGCAGCAGACCGCACACGUCCAUCACUGGUCUCUAUCCACUAGUUGGGUGGAAAAUAGGCUCAGAGUUGGUGUAUCUGGCUGAGGGCAACGCAGCAGACACUGGAACUGCCAUUCGGUGGGCCCAGGCACUGGACCUCUUCUCUGACGUGAAGGAUACCAGCACCAUGGCUUACAGCGUCAACGACUCAGAUGGUGUGUGUUUCAUCCCAUCUUUUAGCGGCCUGCAGGCUCCUCUGAACGACCCAAAAGCUUGCGCUUCCUUCAUGGGCCUCAAACUUUCCACCACCAAGUGUCAUCUGGUGCGUGCCAUUCUGGAGUCUGUUGCCUUCAGAAACAAGCAACUCUAUGAGACCAUGCUGGCAGAAACCAACAUUCCCAUCACCAGGAUCAGGGUGGACGGCGGGGUUUCCUCUAAUGACUUCAUCGUGCAGCUUACUGCAGACCUGUUUGGUAGGAAAGUAGCAAGAUGCCAGCACCGUGAAAUGUCCUGCCUGGGGGCUGCUUUUGUAGCCGGGCUUGCCGUGGGCUACUGGAAAACCCGGGAAGAGCUGAAGAAGCUGCACAGCGCAGGCGACGUGUUUUGUCCUAAAGGAGCCGCUUCCCAGUACACACCCAUCCUCCAGAGCUGGGAAAGGGCCCUCCGACGCUCCAUGUAUUGGUACAAGCAGCCUUGACACUGGGUCCGCUCCCAGAACAAUAGCGAGGGUCCGGUCCAUACUGAGAUUUCACAGUUGGACCCACCUGUGAGGUUGAUUUAAAGAUGUUACCACACGGGGGCACUAAGGUUUGCUUUAGUAUGUUUUCAGGAAACUCUUCUCUUGUCUCAGGUGGUGGUAGAGUGUUGUCACCUGACCCCAUGCACACUUGAAAUUAAUAGAACUGUCCUCACAUCCUACAGCACAGCUGUCAAACACAUCGUUUAAUGAAGCCCAGCAAUAAUGUGCGUUUUUUAUCUUAAUAAAUGUAUUAAUUGUU